AUGCCAGCAGGAGUAUCAAUGAAGGAAUAUGUAAAGUUCAUGGCAGCAGCUUUUCUGGCGAUGUUUGCUGGCUCGCAGAUUGUCCACACUUACUAUAAACCAUUGAAAGAUUUGGACUACUAUGUGAAAAGAGAAAUAAAAAUUCAAAAUUUGCGGGAAGUGCAACAACCAGGUACAUAAGCAGGCAGUUAUUACGAUAAUAAAAAUGAUAUAUUAGUACUCAGCGUA